UAUUUGGGGAAAAAAGUAACUUAAAGGGGGUAUGUUAGCAAAUAGAUAACACUUCUCUUGGGACAAAUGGCGUAAAUAUUCGUUCGUUCGUUCGUCUUCUUCUUCUUCUAUGUUGCUCUCAGAUCUUCGUUUUGAUGUAAAAUGGCGUCCUUGGUAGCAGCUCCUAUCUCUUUCUCAGGUGACUCUCAUGUCAAAGAACACCGUUUGUCUUCUACAAACUUCAAUGCCAUUCGCAAGAGCUCUACAUUGACUCUUAAAACAAAAUCAAAUCGCAGUCACAAACUCUCGGUCUCUGCAGGUUACCGUGGCGCAAGUAAGGGUGGUGGAAGUAGUGAUUUUGUUACCGGUUUUCUUCUAGGAAGUGCUGUGUUUGGAACUCUCGCUUAUAUCUUUGCUCCACAGAUCCGAAGAUCAGUGCUGAACGAAAAUGAAUAUGGUUUCAAGAAACCAGAGCAGCCGAUGUACUAUGAUGAAGGCCUAGAGGAGAGAAGAGAGAUAUUGAAUGAGAAAAUCGGCCAACUCAAUUCAGCCAUUGACAACGUGUCGUCGCGUCUGAAAGGCGGUAGAAGCGGUAGCAGCAAGAACAGUUCUUCGCCGUCUGUCCCCGUUGAAACUGACGCAGAAGCAGAAGCUACCGCAUGAUUGAAGCUCUCUGCUCUAUUUUACCAAUUGAACCAUUGGUAAAAUACUGUCUUUGAUUGGUUCUGUGUUUUUUCUGUUGGAACCAUUGUAGGGGCUUUUCCGAAAAAAAAGAAAGACAAUCGUCGUAUUUACGGUGUCUAAGUCUAACUCGUACCGAACCAAAGCAGAGCUAUACUAAACCUUAAUAUAAAGAUUAAUAAUGUUGUUAAGAUA